AAAUUUUUUUGGGAUCGGUGGUUACAAUGACGGCAACCGUCAAAACAUCCGGGCGUACUAUAAAAAGGAUCGAUGUUUGGGGUUUUCCCACCCGUCGUUUUGUAGAGCACUUACGACGACGACCAAGACGACGACGACCAUGCACCCAACGACAACUCUCUUCACCCUCGCCCUCUUGGCUAGCCCGGUGUACAGCGCAACGAUUGUAGAAACUCUUGCUUCUCGGCCUGAACUCUCUUCCGUAGCCGCAUUCGCAAAGGACAACCCAGACUGGUCUGGACCUGGCGUCAACAAGACGUUGAUUGCCCCUACGAACGAUGCCGUGACAAAGGGACGUACCGCGGGUACAUUGCCCGCAACGGCUUCAGGUGCAUUCUUUUUGGCAGAAAGCGUUGAUCAUCGGACACGGCCCAAUUACAAGAUUUUGAAGGGCAAGGACGGUGCCAUGCUGUUUGACAAUUACGUCCCGGAAGGUCCACCAGAAAUUCACAUCCGGUCAUCUACCAACAAUGGCCUCGCAACUGGCCAAAUCCAGUGCGAUGACGGCUGGCUCUACAUUUCCGACAUUGCCAUCGAACCCGCCGCCGUGCCCUCCGUUUCCGCUGUACGGGGCCCAGCUGCUGCAACCGCCUUCAUCGACCUCUUCAAAUCCAUCAAUGCGGUCGGCGCUCUUGAUGCACAAAAGGACGUGACAAUCUUCGCCCCCAGCAAUGCAGCCAUUGCCGCUGCUCAGGCCCAAAUUGCUGCGUUGGCACCCAACCAACUUGCUGCCGUUCUGUCAGCCCACAUUGGUAAACCUUCCCGCUUUACAACAGAGCUCAGUCCCGGAGCCUGGCCGACUCUGUUCGGAAGUUACGCACUCAACACAACCGUUGGAAAUGAGGUUGCAUAUGUCAAUGAUGCACAGUUGGCGUCACCUGUUGAUAACCCUACCUCUGCGGGAGCGAUGCAUGUUAUUAACAAGGUGAUCAUUCCUCCCAAUCUCCCUGCACCCAACUCCUCUCCUGUUGCCAUUGGAACUAUUCCAGCAGGUACAAAUGCCACUACCUCUGCUGUGCCUUCUUCGACAACUGCCACUGCAUCAGCAGUCCCGACCCAGACAGCUAGCAGGACUAGUACCACCUCUGCGCCUAAAGCGACUACCACUACCUCGUCGAACGUCACGUCUGGCGCCGUCCAGGGUGUUGCGUCGUACGUCGGUGCCUUUCUGGCUGGAUUGGUCGGCCUGGCGUUUGCUGCGUAAGAAUUGGAUGCAUGGCUAGUGCGAGGUGGUAGGGCGUAGAAAGCAUGUUGUAAUACCGUUAGCAUUUGUCAAGUAGCUGUUAUGAGGACAUUAGAGCUUGUCUGAGAAUGUUCCCCUCAUGAAUAGAAAGUUUAUCUCAUGAAUAGAAGUUUCAAAGGCCCUGAUGAAUUUGUC